GUGCUGGUUUGCUAAGAGAGUAGAGAGAAUUUAGUCCAAGAAGCCGCUGUAUUGACGAAAUAAAUUCAAUAUUUGAGAUUAAACCUAUUCCUUUCCGGUUUAACUUAAAAAGUCCAACUUUCGUGUACUUGAACAGAAGGUCAAUAAUUCAAAAUCUGUUCGGGGGGAAAUGAAAUGUGCGUGUUUGUCUAGUAAUGAGAGGAAGCAACGGGAUUCGUGUUUUAGAAGAGGUGAAAAGAGGCAAUCAUAAAGAGACAAAUAUGGCCUAAAGGAAAAGAUUCUUGUUGCAAUGGAAACCUCGUUACGCCCGUUUUGCAUUACCGGCACAUUUGGCCCUGAUACAUUAUUACAUAGCGCCAAAGGAGACCAAAGCUGUGAGUUCUCUACCUUGUCGCAUCAUUCCUUUUCAACUUUUGACAACAAUCAGUACGAUCCUCCACACCAGCAACAAUACCCUAACUGCGGCUACAACAGCAACCUACAUUAUGAUGUCUAUUCAUCAUUUUACUGUCCUCGCAGUGCAUCUGUUGACAACAACGACCCAACUUUCUUGCCGCGAUUUCCAGCUUUUGAUCGCGUGGACACAGUGACCAUCUCUUCGCCCGCCUCGACGCUGCACCAGCGAUCCGGUGAUUCCAGCGGUCAAACCUACACUCCUCGACACAGCGGUCAGCCGACAGCCCACCGCCACUUUCCGCACCACCCACCAGCUCAGUAUGGUCAAGCACCUUUGGCAAGCCCCACCGUCUACUCUCCAGUGAGUCACGCGUCACGCAAAGGGCAAACAACCGCCAGGGACGUCGUGUAUGGUGGUAUCCCUACCCCACUCGCCCCUACUCUGGUCUCGCGCGACGAGCUGGAUUCAGCUUCUGGCUUUAAUGAGAAGAGGCCGGGGUCCGCGGCUUCCAUUCCCCUUUUUGACACUGGUCCAAAAUUUACUGCUUGCCUUCUUGACACAGCCCCCCAUAAAUUGUCGUCAGAGGACAGAGCCAACCGCCGCGCGGGUCCCAGCUCGCCCCGUUUCACCCCAGCAGCUAAUUCAAAGAGGGCUAAAGAAGGAUUAAAGAAUGAGCGAAUACAAAGCAACGAAACUAUGGGCGGGGAGGGAGUUUCUACAGAUGUCAGUGCUGGGGCAAAAAGAAACAACCAGAACUAUAUUGACAAUAUUGUCCACAAUAAUAGUAGGACCGGUGGCUUUGAUCACAAAGGAAAGAGCCAAGCCAAUAAUAAGGUAGGUUGUAAACAAAGAUCCACCAUCGAUAUAACUGAGCUCGCUUCCGGUAGCCAUAGGACUCACAAAGCAACUCAUUUUAAGAAUCACUAUGGCAACCGUAGCGUCCAAGGGGAGAAACCAUCAAGCGUUGCCCACGGGCGCCGACGCCACGGCGAAGGCGGAAGACUUAAAUUAGACUUUAGUCAAGAUGAAAGCUUGGAGGAAACCAGCCAGGAUAAUGUCCCUUUUUCACCCCGGGCAUUGAGCAGCAGAGUGGCCAACAAAGGACAUGACACGACACGCAGGGACCUGAUAGCUGGGGAGGGACUCGAGCGUGGCGGAAGUAAUGGAAGAUAUACCGGAAGUAGUGAGACCGAGUCUUCUGUUUCUAGUGGUUCCGAAGAUAGACUGGAAAGUCUGAGAGAAGAAGAAACUACAACGCCCCUAUAUCCAUGGAUGAAAAGUCUUUAUGGACCAAACAGGAAAAGAGGCAGGCAAACAUACUCUCGAUACCAAACACUGGAGCUGGAAAAAGAAUUUCACUUCAAUCGAUACUUGACCAGGAGGCGUCGGAUCGAAAUCGCCCACAGUUUGGCACUGACAGAGCGGCAGAUCAAGAUCUGGUUUCAAAAUCGGAGAAUGAAAUGGAAGAAAGAAUGCCGCCAGUUGCAGAUACUCAAUGGGGCGUGCAUUGACAACAAGUAUUGAUGAUAGUCAUUAACUACAACCAAUGAUGAAAUACAAAAUGAAGUGAUUUUAAAAUUGGGUACUCAGACAUUCACUCCGAG